GAAGAGGAGGAGGCGCCUUCCUGCUCCGCUCGGACGGGGGAGGGGAGCGUUAGGGGUUGCAACACCCCCAAGCCACCGCAUCUGGUGCAAGGGGGCGGGAGGCAAGGCCGGCUCGCCUUGCAAAAGGGAGAAAACACCACCGUAAACACUUCUUGGUGGCAGCAGCGGCCUGGUGUAUGCAGGGACCUCAAGGUACAGUCAGCUGACUUACCGGGCUGUACCAGAUCACUGGAGUCAGUUGGAUGUCCUGACCUAGUCUGGAGUGCAAACUGUGAGGCAGAAGAUUAUUUUCCACCAUGUUUGCCUGUGAGACUUGGGGCCUCGGUGGCCAGACCUCCGUCUACAACUGGGACAAGGCCGUCUACCUCUUGGAAGAUAAAAUGGAACCUGAACAAGGAUCAGGGGACUUGGAUCUCCAUUUCAAGAUGCUGCUCGAGCAGGGGAUGUACCCAGAAAUCACAAUUGAGGAGGAGGAAGAAGAAGAAGAGGAGGAAGAGGAAGAAGAAGUGGAAGAGGAGGAAGAGGAGGUGGAGGGAGGGGAAGUAGAAGUAGAAGUUGAAGAAGAUGGGGAGGCUGUGCCGGAAGAGGAAGAGGAGGUGGUUGUGGGAGAGGAGGAGGAGGAAGAAGAAGAAGAUGAAGAUGACAUGGAUGAAGAAGAAGACAAUGAUGAUGAUGAUGAUGAAGAAGGGGAAGAUGUGGAAGAAGUAGAGGUGGAAGUAGAAGAGGAGGAGGAAAGUCCAUCAGGGCUUCAGCAAGCAGUCGUUCUAUCUGAGGAAGGAGACAGUUCCGUGCUUGUCGUAUGUGCUAGUAGUGUUGAGGAACUUCUGGCAUCUGCAGCCUCUGUUGAUCCUGAACAACAUGACACCCUAGAGCCCCAGCGGUGGGAAGUUCAUUGGGAAGAGGUAUCACAGACACUACAGCCUCCAUCUACAGAGGUGAUGCUGCCACCACCAGAGGACCCCGUGGUUCCUGAGGCAGAACCAAUAGAAGUAGAAUCCGAGGUCUUCUCUACCACGCCGGAGCCAGCAAGGAACACCUCUCAGUGGAGGGAGAUCUUCACUGAAGAACGCCAGCAAGAUAUCCACACGAGCCCCGCCGGCCCCGACAGAGGGAGUGGUGGGAGGGCACGGUCGUCGGUAUCAGGGGGUUACGUCCUGGAGACUGCUCGCCGACGGUUCCGGCACUACUGCUACAAGGAUACCGAGGGCCCGCGAAAGACUUGUGGACAGCUGUGGGAGCUUUGCAACCAUUGGCUGAAGCCAAAGAACCGCACCAAGGAGCAGAUUCUGGACGUGUUGAUCCUGGAGCAGUUCCUGGCUGUUCUCCCUCCUUCGAUUCGGACCCAAGUGUGGGAAUGCAGCCCCGAGACUUGCGCGCGAGCGGUGGCCCUGGCUGAGGAAUUCUUAGCAAAGCCGGCAGAAGCAGAGAGGCCGCCAGAAGAGCAGGAUUCAGACCUGUUUGAGGAAGUCGUGGUGACUUUUCCUGGCGAGGACCAGCCCCUCUCAGACGCUGAGCAGGGAGAGACCUGCCUGGAGGCGGAGCAGAGGGAUGAAGUGGACAUUUGUUUGCUGGAUUCUUCUGACACAGAGGCAACGUGGGAUUCUUCGGCAGAAGAAGGAGGCUCAGCAGGUGCCAGGACCCCCAGCCGAGCAGACCCCCAGUUUGAAUUUGGAGAACGGCUCAACGGAACAGUGCAACACUUGAUCCCUAAGAGGAUCCGUGUGAGAGAGAAACGGCACCCCUGCGUAGAGUGCGGAAAACGGUUCCGGUGCCAGUCAGAGCUGGCCCUUCACCAAAAAGUCCACACUAGGCCCAAAUCCUAUCACUGUAAUGAGUGUGGCAAGCAGUUUGGCCGAUCUUCACAUCUCACGAGGCAUCAGAAAACCCACAUCGGUGAAGAAUGCCACCUCUGUACUGAAUGCGGCAAGAGAUUCCGAUGGCCCACAGAACUGGCUAUCCACCAGAUGAUCCACACGGGCGAGCAGUCCCAUUACGCCUUGGACCCCAUGGCCCUGUUCCAGUGGCCGUCAGAACUCUCGGGCCACCAGAGCAUGUACAUGGGCGAGAAAACCCCUCCAGCUGUUGAGGUUGUAAAAACCCACACGGUGAAGAAGCCCCACCUCUGCCCGGAGUGUGGGAAAGGGUUCCGAUGGCCGUCGGAGCUCGCGGCACACCAGAAAACCCACAACAAAAACAAACACUACCUCUGUGCUGAGUGUGGGAAAGGGUUCCAGUGGCCGUCGGAGCUAGCUGCGCACCAGAAAACCCACACCGGAGACAACUUCCCUCUCAGUCCAGAUUUCACGAACAGCAACGGUCAGGCGCCGCAUCUCACUACGUACCUGGGAGCCAACGUAGUCGAGAAACGCCACGUUUGCGGAGAGUGCGGCAAAGCCUUCCGGUGGCCAUCAGAGCUGGCCACGCACCAGAGAAUCCACACGGGUGAAAAGCGUUAUUUCUGCACCGAGUGCGGGAAAGGGUUCAUCUGGCCCUCAGAGCUUGCCGCUCACCAGAGAACCCACACGGAAAAGCAAUCGUAUCACUGCAUGGAAUGCGGGAAAAUAUUCCACGAUCUCUACGCGCUCACCAGACAUCAGAAAACCCACUUGGGAAACAAGGUGUAUCCCUGCGCCGAGUGCGGGAAAACGUUUAGUCGGCAAUCUCACCUGACUCGGCACCGGAUAACCCACACCGGAGAGAGACCGUACCCGUGUAUCGAGUGUGGGAAAAGGUUUGGCCGUCAGUCGCACCUCACUCGGCACCUGAGAAUCCACACCGGAGAGAGGCCGUAUCAGUGCGGGGAGUGCGGGGUCCGGUUCAGGCGGAGACACAGCAUGAUCUACCACCAGAGGAUCCACUUGAAAGAUUCCUCCAUCGGACCGGACCUGCUGGACCUUCCUGACCAUCUCCAGAGCCCCAUCCUUGUAACCAUCUGAAACUUGACAGUAGGAACUUUCGGAGGGUGGAUGGGUAGGCGAGAAUUGGAUUGUCGCAAAAUUCAACACAGCUCCUCCUGUUCUCCUUUGCCGUACAGAUUUGGCCUGAGAUUUUGCUUCCAUCCUAAGCGGCUGCAUGGUGAAACGCCAGUGGCGUGCCCCGGAAUCCUUUGUAGUGCCGCGAAGGACAUUGGAGACUCUAAUGCUUGGAUAGUUUGCCCAUAGCGAGGGAUCCUGGUUCGGGGACCUGCACACCUGUUGAUUUAUGUGCUCCUUUAUUGACAUCCACCUUGAAAAAGCUGCCCUGGUUAGCUCCACUGACUUCCCGUGUAGCCCGAGAGGGAAGCAUUUCACAAUCUGUGAGAGGGUCUUUUCCCUUAUCCCUCUCCUCAGUAGCUAGAACACUGUUCCCUGAAACAUGUGAUGAAUGGUUGAGUGGGUGGGAAGCUGUAUUUCCUGCCUCCCGUAAGCUGGUCCCCGUUGUCCUGUUUUGUACUGUCACAGAGUGUCUUGAGUUGUGGAUCCGUGGGUCAAGGGGUCGGAGGAGGGUUGAUUUCACAGCAUUUGGCCCUCCCACUGUCGGGCUGCAGAAUUGCCGGGUUCCACGUGGUGCGAGGCAUUUGUGCUUUGAAAUCCUCGGGUGGGAAGGAGAAUCGGGACGAGAAUUGCUUCUCCUGGCCCACGCUGCACGGUGGGAGAUGUUGCCCUUUUCCCAGUUCCCACGCACCAAAGCACGGAAGCUCGGUUCCGAAUGAAAUCUGGUCCAGUAGCACGUUCCCCUCCCAUCUUUCCUUCUGCAGAAGGAAACCAGUGAAUAAACCGAAUUUGUAAAUGAACACGAAGCAGGAGCGUUAUCCUUUUUUUGCCCGUGGUGUUUUCACCUUUCCGGAGCACUUUCUUUCACUCCCCCCACCCUGCAAAUUCCUGUCUGGGAAAACAAACGGGGAGGGGGGUUGGAUCUGCACAGGGUUCCCUUCAUUUUCUUUCUCGGGGCGGGCUAUUUAUACCCACGCUCACGGACUGUAAAAUAAUCUAAGGCCACCCUGCCGUGGGAUGGGAAUAAAAUGUCAUCUUCAACGGUAGGAUUUUCUGCAAGGGUACUUUAAAGUAGAUAAUCGAUUGGUCUUGGGGUAUGAGCAGGAAAAAGGGCAAACUCGGACCAGCCAGCUGCAGAAUUUAAACUGAGGAAAGAUGAUCCAACUCUGAACUGGAUUCCAUUUUUAUAAAUAACCCCAGAAUUUGGGGAGACCGGAGGCGACACUAAGCCCCCUACCCUUUUAUGUGACUCUCUCUUUUCCCCCCCCCCCUUCUUUGCAGUGAUUCUCAGUUAUAGGGGGAGGAAGGGUUAAAAAGAAUUCUCAACGGACAGUUAUCUUUCCCACCCUUCUAUGGAUUAACACUUGAGACAUUUGGGACCUCCUAAAAAAAAUAAGAACUCUUUUUUUUUUUAAUCAGCUUCAAAUAAAGAACUUUCUAUAAACUG